CCAUCAUCAUCAUCAUUCAAUAAUAAUUAACAAAAUAUGAUAAAAGUGUUUGCUGUAUAAAAAUAAUAUCGUUCACCAUCCAAAGCACUAUAAAUUACCAAAAACAGCAAGAAAAUUUCUUAUUAUUUUAAAAAAAUUAUCUUUAUUUUUAUUUUAUUAUUAUUUUACAAAUCAAAAUUAUCAUUCAAAAUGAUGAAUCUUUUUGAAUUAAAAGAUGAAAAACUAUUUUAUAUAGAUCAGAAUAAUAAUCAUUUACAAAACGAUUAUAAUCAAAAUCAUCAUCCGCAUCACCAGCAUCAAUAUCGUUCAGUCGUAAAUUCAGCUUACAUUCAGCAGCAGCAACAACAGCAUUAUUUCAAUCCAAAUCAAUUAUCCAAUAAUCCAAUGUCCGCAUCAUCACAAUCAUCAUCAACAUUGUUACAAUCAAAAACAUCGACAUUACCAUUAUCAUCAUCAUCAUCAUUAUCAUUAGUAGCAGCGGAAAAAUUAUAUUCAAAUCAAUUAUCAUCGUUAGCAUUCUAUAAUAUGGAUAAUCAUCGGAAUCAUCACCAUAAUCAUCAACAACAGGAAAGAAAAUCAUCAUCAAUUUCAAAUUCAUUACAACAAAAUAUACAGGAUCCAAAUAUAUGUUUAUUAAAUUUUAUACGACAGCAAACGGAUUUACAUUUUCAAAAUUUACUUAAACGUUAUGAAAAUUAUUUAGCUAAUUCAAUUGAAUCAUGUUUAAAUUCUGUAUUGACAAUCGAUCAAAUUGUUGCUGCAUCAACAGCUGCAGCAGCAGCUACUGCUGCCGUUUCAAACAAUCAACAAAAUGAUGCUAAUAUUAUAUCAUCAUCAUCAUCAUCGACAACAACAACAAAAACAAUGCCAUCAAUAACUGGUCUAUCAUCUGGUCAUAAUAAUAAAAAUCAUUCAACAACAUUAUCAAAAUUAAUUGAAUCAAAUUCAAAUGAUAAUGUUAUUCAUAAUUAUAAUAAUAAUCGUCAAAGCUUGUUGAUGAUGAAUCAAGCUUUAAAACAAUCAAUAGAUAUGGUUGCUACAUAUAAUUGGUCAAAAUUGAUGCAGCAACCACCACCACCACCAUCAUCCACAUCAUUAUCACCAACCGAAACAUCUUCAUCAUCAUCAUCAUCAUCAUCAUCAUCGUCUUCAACGAUUGUUGGAACAUCGCCUACACCCACAUCAACAUCUUCAUCAUCAUUUAUAACAAAAAUGUCAUUAUCAAAUAAUGAUAUUCAAAAUAAAAUAAAUACCGAUCUCAAUACUAUGGUUGAUGAUAAUAAUAAUAAUGAUGAUGAUGAUGAUGAUGAUGUUGAAAUAGUUGUCGUUGAAGAAGAAAUCGAUGAUGAUGAUGAUGAUGAUGAUGAUAUUGAUGAUGGUAUUGAAUAUGAUGAUGAUAAUGAUAAUCGUAAUCAAACUGAUCAAAUUAACGAUCUAAAAGAUCAAAAAUCAUCAAAAACAACAACAACAACAACAACAAUCAAUAAAAUUGAUGUUGAAAAAUUUCAAUGUGAUUGGCCUGGUUGUGUACGUUUAUUUCAAACUGAACAAAUUCUUAAUCAUCAUCGUCGUUUUCAUAUACGUAAAUCAAAUUAUCAUUGUAAACAUUGUAGUUUACGUUUAUUAGAUCGUCGUGAAUUAUUGGAACAUGUUGUUAAUUGUAAAUCAACAACAACAACAACAUUGGCUACUGAUCAACAUAAAGUCAAAUCCAAACAAACACAGCCAUUAUCAUCAUCGUUAGAAUCAUCAACCGAAUGUUCAAAUAAAAUUUUAAAUCAAAAUCAUUUUAAAUCUUCAUCAAUAGAUGGCGUUAAUAUGUCCAUAAAAUCAUUAAAUUCAUCAUCAACAGGGUCAUCAUCAUCAUCAUCAUCAUCAUCAUCAUCAUCAUCAUCAUCACCAACAACAUUGACAAAAUCACCGACAACAGCGUUCGAUAUGGAUAAUCGUAAAAUGUUAAUCGAUCAAUUAAUUUCACCAAGAAUGACAAAAAAUCGUGAUCUUAAAAAAGCAUUAUUAGCAAUUAAAACUGUUGAUAUGCCCAUGACAAUGGAAACAUCGACAUCGACAACAACAAAUUUAUCGAUGAAUAAAAAUCGAUUAAAAAUUCCAACGGAUUCAUCACCGUCAUCAUUCGUAUCAUCAUUAUCACCUUCUUCUCAAACAUCAUCACCAGCAAAUGAUCAACAACAACAACAACAGUAUAAACGAACAAGAUAUAGCGGUAUUGGUCGUUAUCGUUGUCCAUGGCCAGAUUGUUCAUAUACACCACAUUUUCUUCGUGAUUUACGUCGUCAUAUGUUUAAACAUACUGGUGAUAAACGUUAUAAAUGUUCACAAUGUCGUUUUGUAUCCGUAUGGAAAACAUCAUUAUUACAACAUCAACGUAAAAAACAUUCAAUAACAUUGACAAAUGUAUCGAAUAUUUCCUGUUCAACAUUAUCAUCAACGUCAUCAUUAGAUAAAAAAUAUUAACCAACGAUUUUUUUUCAAAAUCAAAAACAAAUUCGACAUCAUUUGAGCUUAUUUUGAGACAUCUAAAAAUCAAAAAUCAAAUUUUUUUUAUUAAAACAAUCAGAAUCAAAAUUCAUCAC